AUUUCCCCAAUUUAUUUCUUCAGUGAGAGACCUUUCUUCAGUUCACUUCAUUUUGAGUUCUGUGCACUGCAAUCAAAAUGAAAGAAAAUACUUUAUUAUUCUUCUGCAUUCUUUUGCUGAGCGUCAGCUUGUCCGCUGGUCAUGAGGAAGGUUUUAUUAGGCUGGCUGGUGGUCAAGAUCACUCUGAGGGCCGUGUGGAGAUCUUUCAUGAUGGAGCUUGGGGGAGCGUGUGCGAUGAUGACUGGGACAUAAAUGACGCUCAUAUAGUGUGUCGCCAGCUCCAAUUCCCUGGUGCAACAGAAGCUCUAGCAUCAUCUGCAUUUGGCAAUGGGGAUGGUAACAUCUGGAUGGACAAUUUAGGCUGUAUUGGGACAGAGAUGAACCUGCUCCACUGUACAUUUCCCGGUUGGGGGAUCCAUAACUGUGGUCACAGUGAGGAUGCUAGUGUUAGAUGCCAAAAAGGGCCAGAACCUACCAACAGGAAGCUAAGCCACGAGUAUGAUUUGGACCACAAUGCAAGCCUCUCUCGUCAGCUGGGGGAGCUGUUCGACAGUGGACGUGACUGUGACUUGAACAUUGCUGUGGUGGUGAAUAACAACACCGUUGAGACAAUCUGUGCUCACAGGGUCAUCCUUUCUCUGAACUCAAACCUCAAAACUUCACAGCCAGACUUCAGCAGCCUCAGCCUUGAUGUCACUUCUGACUGCAGUCAACACGCCAACAACUUUGUCAGAUACUUCUACACAAGAAAGAUCAAAGACACACUAUCCUCUGCCCAGUGCAUUUUCAAGAUGGCAUCCAACUGGGGUCUGACAGAGCUUCACAAUGAGGUUGCAAAUAUUUUCAGACUGUUUCUUCCAGAGGAUGCCACUUUCCACAGUCAGAACUCUUUCUACCAAUAUGCAGUUUUUAUAGGUGACGAGGCACUACAGGAAGUUUGUCUUCGCUACCUGGCGUGGAACUAUGAGGCGCUGAUCCGUUCCCCAGCCUGGACAAAUCUUCCAUUUGGUCUUGUCAAAGCUCUUCUGUCUCGCUCAGACCUUGUGGUAAGUAAUGAAACUGUCAUCCUGAAUGGACUGGAGAGAUGGGUGGCAGCCCAAGGAGACACAACUAUUCCUGAGAUCCUUCUGAAGCUCAUCCGUUUCCCAAUGAUACCAGCUGAGGACUUAUACACACUUGAUGGCUCACAGUACCAGGCCAGCAAGUUGCAGGGGUUUCAGUUUAAUGCUCUGCCCUUCACGACAUUGCUCAAUGACCUGAGGGAAGAACAAAAUGUCUACACAUCCAGGAUUUACACUGGCAUGCCAUGGAGCUUUACCUUCAACUACCACGUCGUCAAAGCUUACAAGGAUUUAGGGUUUUACACUCUUCAUGGCCAGCGCAUCAAUAUUCUGACAUCUGAUUUCCAAACAUCUGUUCAUAACAGUGCCUAUUUUGCUUUUCACAACAUGCGCUGGAAAACAAAAGUAUAUAUCAGUGAUGAAGAUUGUGAAAGUGAAAAUGUCACUUGCCCUUCUUUGCCAGCUGUUAGUUUGAAGAUUGAGGAAAAGAACAGUAAGUUACCCAGUAAGAUGGAGGCAUGUAUUCGUUACAGCAAUAUGCUUGUUGUUAAGUGUGAAGGGAGGUAUGUGGUCCACGUUGGUGAAUUUAAUGCUGUUGGUGAGAAUCUUGUAUUUGUACCAAGCAGCGCAGAACAAGUCUAUAAAUGCCCCUCAAACCUGUUCUCCUACCAAGUGGUGGUACGUCCUCAGUACUCAACAGAUUAGUUUCUGUUUCCUCUGGGAACUUCAGCAAAGACAUAUGGACAAGGAUGAUUCACAAACAACAUAUUAUCUUUCAUACAAAUUAAGUAAACAUGACCAAGCUUGCCCUGUACAUGAGCCUGGCUGCAGUUUCACAAGUGUUAUGGGAUAUGUGGUUCAGUUGUUCAGGGCUGAUAAUUGUGUUUGUGAUGGCUGCCUUGUUUUCAUUUCUCUUUGCUUUGUUAUGUGAUGAUGGUAGAGGAAAGUCCAUCGUAAUGUUGCUGAUGUUCUUAAGUAUAGCCUUUAUUGUCUGACUAACAAUUUGUGGUAAAAGAAUAAAAGAUCAUAUUUGA